UGGAUCCUGCGCUGCCGUUUCAUUUCACUGACACGUUCACUAUUACAUUGGACAAUGCUGCGAGUCAGGUGUCUGAGAGGAGGUAGCAGGGGGGCCGAGGCGGCCCAUCUGAUCGGAGCCAUGCUUGGCCGGGCGGUGACUGGAUGGGUGCAGGGGGCCUUCCAGAGCACUUCCAGUGCAGCAGCUGCACAGCCACGCCAUGCUGUUGAACAUGUUACUGAGCCCGUCCAGCAGGAGUGUCCUGUGUGCAGCUACAAUGAAUGGGACCCUCUUGAGGAGGUGAUCGUGGGUCGCGCCGAAAACGCCUGUGUGCCUCCCUUCACCGUGGAAGUGAAAGCUAACACAUAUGAAAAGUAUUGGCCCUUCUACCAGCAGUAUGGGGGCCAGUGUUUUCCUGCGGACCACUUAAAAAAAGCUGUUGUUGAGAUUGAGGAAAUGUGCAAUAUUCUGCGCCACGAGGGCGUCACUGUGAGGAGGCCGGAGCCCCUCAACUGGUCCACGGAAUACAAAACUCCAGACUUCACAUCAUCAGGCAUGUAUUCUGCCAUGCCCAGAGACAUCCUCAUGGUUGUGGGGAAUGAGAUUAUCGAGGCUCCUAUGGCCUGGAGGGCUCGCUUCUUCGAGUACAGAGCUUACAGACCUUUGAUCAAAGAGUACUUCAGAAAUGGUGCAAAAUGGACCACUGCUCCUAAACCCACUAUGGCCGAUGAGCUGUAUGAUCAGGACUACCCCAUCCGCACAGUGGAGGACAGAAACAAGCUGGCUGCCGAGGGGAAGUUUGUGACCACAGAGCACGAGCCCUGCUUCGAUGCUGCCGACUUUAUCCGAGCUGGGAGAGACAUUUUCGUCCAGAGGAGUCAGGUUACAAAUUACAUGGGAAUUGAGUGGAUGCGCCGCCAUCUGGCUCCAGACUACAACAUCCACAUAAUCUCAUUCAAGGACCCUAACCCCAUGCACAUUGAUGCAACUUUUAACAUCAUCGGGCCAGGACUGGUGCUGUCAAACCCUGAUCGUCCAUGUCGCCAGAUCGACAUGUUCCAGAAGGCUGGCUGGACUAUUGUGAAACCUCCGACACCUCUCAUUCCUGAUGACCACCCACUGUGGAUGUCCUCCAAAUGGCUGUCCAUGAACGUGCUGAUGUUGGGUGAGAAGCGUGUUAUGGUUGACGCCAACGAGAGCACAAUUCAAAAAAUGUUCGAGAGCCUCGGUAUCAAGACCAUAAAGGUGAAUAUACGCCAUGCCAACUCGCUGGGUGGUGGCUUCCACUGCUGGACAACCGAUGUCCGCCGCCGCGGUACCCUGCAGUCCUACUUCAAUUAGUCAUGCCAGAAAUAGGCAGUUUUUAUUGAGCUUUGAAGAUUAAAGCGUCAGUUUGGAAUUUUGCUUCCACUGUAGUUAUCGAAUCUUAAUUGUCAGUCAGUUGAGUAUGUACACAAUAAUCACAAAUCUACUUCCGGCAAAUUUCUUUGAAAAAGUAUUUGAAAUUUGUGUGUUUGGGUGUCACCCGCUGCAGCUCAAAGUCAAAGCAGUAUAUCGUUCAAACGUGCCCGGAACAAACUAAUAAUUGGGCAAUCUUAUCAUGACAGGUGGCACCAAAGUUAUUUUCUGGAAAUGUGUCUUUCUGCCCUAAAUGAACAUGUAUGAAUUGUUUUGACUUUGAUGUGCAUCACAGAGCAUUUGCCAACAGCUUUGUCCUGAUAUCUUUAUAUCUCUAUGUAUAUACACAUGCUCAAUAGCAACAAAUUAACAUAACUUUACUUCGAUCAGUAAUCUCAAUAUUAACUGCAUUUCUGGCCUGGCUAUUGUGAAGCUGAAUUGUUUAUGGCUCAUACAUCUAAAAGUCAUAAUGUUGAGUACAAGGUACAAUUUGGUAUGUGAAAGUCAUCAAACAAGGAGGAGAGAAGCUACCUCCUGGUGGAAAAGCCAAACACCAUCUUUUUCCAAAGUUUUUAUUAUUUUUUAUUUAAACAAAUGUACAAAAGUUGUUAAGUAGGUCAUUAAACAAUAUACAUUUAUUAUCUCUAGUAUAUUGUUUUUGUAAAGGUUUUAAUUGAUUUAACAGACAAAGUUCUAUUUAUAUUUUUCAUAUUCUUGAUUCGAUUAUAUAUUUACUUUAAAAGUUUGCGGUCCAUAUCAGAUAUUGUGUACCUUUUGCUUUUUCUCCUAUUGCAAAUCUGGGCCAGUUAUAUGCUACUCGUCAUUCUCACUGAACUGGCUGCUUCUGUGUGCAAAGCAAAUAUGCCUAAAGAAUGGAACAUGUUUUGUGGUGAAGAUGUUUUGUGAUUUCUUUGCUGCCUCGGAUAUAGGACGUUUAAGUCUUGAGAUUUAUUUUAAUACAAUGAAUCCAACAGAAGCUUUGGCUCAGCAGAUGAAUGCAAGUGAUGUUUUGUAUUAUGCAACACUAUUAAAUGCAAUUAAAAAGAGUUGUGUGUCAGUUUU